UAUAAAAAGUAUGACCGACAAUUAUCUCACUCAUAUCAAUCUCUGUGCAGGGUGGUUAAGCAGUGUGUUCUUAAAGUUCCUAAUUUAUUAAAUAGAAAAAAUAUGUACCAGACACUAAAUACUCUGCUUUUAUGCGCAACCGUCGCUUCGGCGGUCUACGCUCCGGCCACGUACGUCGCUCCAGCACCAGCCUACAUAUCUCCAAAAAUCGCCACAGUUCCUGCAUACGCUCACAGUUAUGCCCCAGCUGCGUACGCCGCUCCGGUAAAAUACGCUCCGGUCGCUUACGCCGCUCCUAAAGCAGUCGCUUACGAUACCGACUACGAUCCGAACCCUUCGUACAGUUAUGCUUAUGAUAUCCAAGACCAUCUAACUGGAGACUCUAAAAGCCAACACGAAAGUCGACAAGGAGAUGUUGUACAAGGAAGCUACAGCUUGAUCGAACCCGAUGGCUCGAAAAGAACCGUAGAAUACACCGCAGAUCCUCAUAAUGGUUUCAACGCCGUCGUACACAAGGAACCCGGUACCUAUGCACCUGCCAAAGCCUACGCUCCGGCUCCAGUCGUCAAAUACGCUCCAGCCAAAUAUGCCGUAGCUCAUCCCAAAUACGCAGCUCCAGUUCUGGCCUAUGCUCCGGCUCCAGCACCACUCGUUUCUUACGCUCAUUAAUUGGCUGACACUUCACACCUUCGUGUACCUCUCUAAAUGUUCUCUCGAUGUAUCUAUUUUUCCCAAAUGUCUCGUAUUAUUUUAGGUUAUAAUUUUUUGUACUGAUUUCUACUCCUUUUUUUUCAAUCUAUUUUCUUCGUUUAUUAUUUUUUUGUACGAUGUAUUCAAUUUAAAAAAAAAAAAAGAAAAAAUGUACCAACA